AUGCUACCUUUGGAGCUCGACAACGAGACUGGAAUUUUGGCAUAUAUUGGGCACAGAAUUCAGAGCUGCUUGCCGAAGGAGCUCUUUGACCAGCUUCUGGACAUCCAAGUGGACUCCUUGCCCCCGGGCCCAGACGACGUCUUACCAAUUUUUAAUGGAGAGAGCGGAGAUCUCAUCAACGCAAUGCCUACACCAUACGCUCUUCGUCUACCGAGAAGCAAGCUUCAGAAGCUAUUAACAACUGGAAUAGAAAUUCAUUAUAGCAAACGGAUCCGAGAGAUCGAAAGCAACAGGAACUCUGCAACAGCGACGUUUGAAGACGGUUCCAAAGAGACGGCAAACUUGAUUAUCGGUGCCGACGGGGCACGAUCCAUGGUUCGACAGGUCCUUCUCGGACCACAGAAAGCAGCACUGCAGAUGUCGCCACUGCUGGCUAGCACGUGCCUCGCAAAACUUCCAGUUGAAUCCGCUCGAUUGCUUGCAGAGAAGCAUCCUCGGCUUAAUCUUACCAUUCACCCUGCCAGGACCAUCCUUUGGAUCUGUGUGCACGCCAAAUAUAAUGACACCAAGCCUGGCGAUGGCGUAUACACGUUCAUAAUGUCCUGGGUCUCAGAUCGAGACCCGAAAGAGCUCCAAGGUGCAGCAAUCCUAUCUGACAUGAAGGAACGUGCUACCCAAUUCGCACACCCCUUCAAGCAGAUUGUACUAUCAAUCCCCGAUGAUACGGUCUGCUCCCACAACAGGCUCUCGUAUUGGCCUACGGAGCCAUGGGACAACAGAAACGGCACAGUAACACUUGCGGGGGACGCUGCGCAUCCAAUGACAUUUCACCGUGGCCAAGGCCUCAACAACGCCAUCGACGACGCCGCACAGCUCGUACAACAACUCCAGGGCCUGACCGACCGAACCUCCCACCAGGAAAUCACAGCAGCCAUCAACAGGUACGACGAAGAGGUCCAGCAACGAGGCAGAGAAGCUGUCGAGUCCUCGCUAGAAAACAGCCUGAUGCUGCAUGAUUGGGAUCGCAUCAUGCAGGCGGCUAUUCUUACCAGAGGCAUGCAGAAGGAUGCUGUACACUGA